CUGCAACUUUAGGGUUCUUCGUCCAUAUGGAGUUUUGUGGCGACAGGGCUCGGCUGCGACGCAAGGCGCUCGUACUGCCGGCGCUCUCGAUUGGAAAUGCGGGCCAGCUCGCCGUGGAUCUCUUGAUUUCGACGUAUGGAAUGCCCAGGGUCGGAUUCUUGGAUGAUCCUCAUGUGUUGCCGUGCGUGGGAAAUGAUCCAUUUGGUCCCGAGCCUCGGGGCGAAUUAGCAGUCGCAAUGGAAUUGUACGUGGAUUCUGCUAGUGAUAUCACAGUCUUGCAACAGCGAUCGCCUCUUGUCAAGGGCUCCACGCUUAAGUUUGCCGAGAAUCUGGCCGACUGGGCGAAGAGUGAGGGAUUUGAAAACGUCGUCGUGCUAUCCGGCUUGGACUCGGGAAAGAGACACCUUCUCCACAACGCUGGGCCUCAAGUUUACUAUCAAACCAGCGCCAGCGAAGAUGGCAAAGACGAGCUGUGCGAGAGACUAGGCUGGCUGGACGUGAAACAAUCCGGUCAGCACACCGAGCCCUUCGAGUUUUCUGUGCUGAGAGAUGCGAUGGAUGGUAGAGUCGGAGAGCAUGACCAAGACUACCUCUCGCGGCUGCCGGUUACUGCUCUGUUCACGUCCUUCAAGAAAAGAGGCUUGAAAGUUCUGUCAGUGCUGUGCUACUGUGCCGAAGGAGAUAACAUCCCAGACGCUACCUUCCUCGCGAGCGCUUGCGAUAAAUUCUUCCAUUCUUGCAAUGGUAUGUCCUAUCGUUCUUGGAUCAACCAUGCUAACUACUUACACAUUUACGCAGGCAAGGAAUGCAAGAACUGGAGGAUACCUUUGUCGUGGUCAACAGUUUACGGAGCACCCCCAGAUCUUUCCAUCUAUUGAGCAAGCAAAAUGAUAACAAGGUGUUUUUUCUCAAACCGGAUGGAAUCUAUAUCCUUCUUUUCUUUUCUU